AUAAGCACCGCGGACCCAAUAGCUCCGAGUCUCUUUGAAUUUUAUGAAGCGGUUGUAUCUUGGUGGUGCCCCAACCAGCCAACCGAACCGAACGGCCAACAGAACCCCCAGUUGGUACCACACCAGCAGCCACAACGGCCGCAAAAUCAGCAGCAGCACCAGCAGCAUCUUCUUGUAAAAUAUCUUUUGCCUUUUUACCCCAAAAGCAAGCCAACGAACAGUGGAUUAUUCCCAAUAAUUGUUAACAAUCAAAACGAAAAGUGAACAAAACACACGCAGAAAACACCGAUAAAGUGCGCGAAAUGUUGAGCAACGUGUAAAAGCCAACUAAAGGAUCUGAUAACUGUGCAAGGACUGCAAAACGAAACCCAAAGAUACAAACGCAAAGAUACAAACCGCAGUACCAGUGGCUAGUGCACACCUAGAAUCUCCGCAGAGUUCUAUACGAAAGAUUUGUUCAUUCGUGCUGUUACUUGAGUGAAAAAGUUACAACCAUGACAAGAAGACGUUCGAGUCCGCUGGGACUCGAGGAGCUGGUGUCUCUGACGCUGGCCCUGCUGGCCAUAAUGCUGAUACCCACACAAGCCGCUCCACUGCAGGAAUACACGGAGAUCCAGCAGUACUCGGAGGGCUGCUACUACAACUAUGCGCAUUACAACGAGGGCGAUCGCAUCAUGACCAAUGAGCCGUGUCUGAACUGCACCUGCCACAACCGCAUGCUGAUGUGCUACCUGCGCGUCUGCCCCUUCACCAAGCCCAUUGGCCACGACUGCAUCGUGGAGAAGCGGGAGGAUCAGUGCUGUCCCAUCAUCACCUGCCCAGAGGUUCCGGUCGAUGUACCCUACCACACCCCUGAGCCCGGCACUGAGCUGAGCAUCCCCGAGAAGUUCGGCUGCAGCAUCGAGGAGAAGUUCUACCCGGAGGGAGCCCAGGUGCCAUCGAACCCCAACAGGCCGUGCGAGCUGUGCUACUGCAUCAACAACCAGACCAAGUGCGUGAUGCAGGAGUGCACCCUCCAUGUGGACGGAUGCCUGCCCAUCUACAAUAAGGGAUCCUGCUGCCCCGUGCGCUACAGUUGCGACCACGAGAACGAGCUGGACUUCAUCGAUACGUCCACCACGACGACGACGACUACAGAGCGUCCCACCACCGGCUUCAUCCUGCCCACGACCAUGAUGCCAACCGAGUCCACCGACUGCAUGUUCAAUGGGGACAUCUACGCCGAUGGAGCCUCGAUCAAGGGCAAGGAUGCGUGCGAGCACUGCUACUGCAUGCGAGGACACAUGGUUUGCGCCGUCCAGGACUGCAAGAUGCCGAUGAUGGCGGCCAACGGCACGUCCUGCCGGGCCAUGCCAGCAGCCGAGGGCGAGUGCUGUCCCAACAACUACAUUUGCGAGGACGACAGUGCAACCACUGAGAUUGUGGAGAUCACCACGCCGAAGAUCUCAACGUCCGCUCCCGCCAAGGACAUCCACGGCGAGAUUCCCAAGGAGGAUGUGGACCUCCAGGAGCACAUUGAUGACGAAGAAAAGGACCAGGACAAGGAGACGGCCACCGAGAUUCCCACAGUGGAGGAGGGCAGCGGUGAAGUUGAAGAUGAGGAGACGACCACAAGUGCCCCAGUGCGUGCCUCGGACGAAAAAGACAAACCCUUCACGCCCGAGAGCUCCACCGCCGGCAUUGCUUCCGACUCCAGAAUCGAUCUAUUAUCCACCUCGACUGAAGCAGCCACCGGCGCCUCAUCCACCGAAACCGCCACCGAAGCCAGCGGCGAAGUGGAGGAGGAGGAUGACAUCAUUAAGAUUGUCACCACACCAGAGCCCGAGGGAAGCGGCGAAGAGGAUGUUUCGAAGCCCACGAAGACCGUCGAUCAGGAUAGCACCGAGGAGGAGGAGAUCAUCAAGGUCACCUCUCCAGCACCAGCCAAGGCCAGUCCCGAAGAGGAGAUCGUUAAGGUCACCACCUCUGCUCCUUCCGUUACCGAUGAAGAUGUUAAGCCCACUUCUGCCGAGGAAACGAGCGAUGAAACGGAAGAGGCCAAGCCCACAUCUUCUGAGGAAGGCAGUGGCGAGGAGGACCAGACUAAGGCCACACCCACUGAGGAGGGAAGCGGCGAAGAGGAUGAAGUUAAGCCAACACCUGCUUCUGAGGAAGACGCCGAGAAGGACGACUUCAAACCCACACCUGCUCCUGAGGAAGGCAUUAAGAAGGAAGACGCCAAGCCAACACCUGCUCCAGCAGGAGCUUCAGAAGAUGAGGACUCCAAGACAACACCAGAAGGAAGUGAUGAAGAUCAGGAAGCCAAGCCAACGCCAGCAGGUACCUCAGAAGAUGAGGAGGCCAAGCCAACACCAGCUCCAGCAGGAAGCUCAGAAGAUGAUGAGGCUAAGCCCACGCCAACUCCAGAAGGAAGCGGUGAAGAUGAGGAAGAUGUCAAGGCCACUCCUGCCCCAGCCGGAAGCUCUGAAGAUGAGGAAGAUGUCAAGGUCACUCCUGCCCCGGCCGGAAGCUCUGAAGAUGAGGAAGAUGUCAAGGCCACUCCUGCUCCAGCAGGAAGCUCUGAAGAUGAGGAAGAUGUCAAGGCCACUCCUGCUCCAGCAGGAAGCUCUGAAGAUGAGGAUGCCAAGCCCACACCUGCAGUGGUGCAUAGGGACGACGCUGAAGCUGCUAAGCCCACUGAAUCCACGGAAGAGGCAAGCGGCGAGAGAGAAGAGGAGAUCAUCAAGGGAACCACGCCAUCGGAGGAUGAGGUUGCCAAGGCAACCACUCCCGCUCCUCAGACCGAGGGUGAGGGUGAGAAGGACAUCGAUACUGUCACGGCUACACCGCCUGCCGAGCCCACAAGCAGUGAGGAUGCUGAGGACAUUGCCAAGCCCACAACUCCGUCUGCUGAUGCCUCCGAAGAGGAAGAGGUUAGCAAAGCCACCACUCCAGCCGACAAAACAUCCGCCGAAGAAGAGGAGAUUGCUGGACCAUCGACUCCAGCCGACAAAACAUCCGCCGAAGAGGAGAUUGCCGGACCAACCACUCCAUCCGCGGACGUCAGUGUCAGUGCGGAGGAGGAGAUUGUCAAGGCAACCACGCCCAAGUCCGAUAUUGCCGAUGAUUCAACCGAGUUGACAGCAGAACAGGACGAGGAGCCAGUCACGGAGACAGAAGAAGGCUCCACAGCUGGCACACCGAUCUCAUCAUCCACCGAAGGAGUCCAGGCUGCUUCCGAAAAGGAUGAGCCCUCCAUUGGAACAUCCACUAGUGCACCCGCUCGUGCUGGCGAAAAGGAUGAGGCUGCCACCACUCUGCCUACUCCUGAGAGCGAUGAGAAGGUUACCGAAGGUGAUCUCGAUGCAUCCACUGAAGUUCCUGCCGAAGACGCCUUCAAGUCCGGCACAGCCAAGCCAGUUUCUGCCGAGAAGCCUGCUGAAGAGUCAUCCACGGAAACCGACGAAGCCGAAAUCGAUGCAUCGACCAGCACACCACUCCACAAGCAAGAUCAGCCGGAUGAGACCACAGACAAGUCUCAGGACGAAAAGGAGGAAGAUGAGACAAGCACCGAGGCAGUGCCAGCUAAAUCCGACAGUGUGCCACCAGUUCUCGACAUCAAGCCCUCGACAAGUCUUCCGGUGGAAGGCGGAGAGGUCUCUACAGAGAAGCCAUCAUCAGUCUACCUGCCGCCUGCCGGAGAGAAAGACUCCACCGAGAGCGCCGAAGAUGCAACUGAGCCAGCCAUCAAAGAGGAGCCAUCGAAGCCAGAAGAGCCCGCGACCACUCCCCUGCCCGAAGAGCAGUCCAGCAGCGUCUCGCCCAGUGCCGAGCAGCCAACCACAGUGCCAGUUAUCAGCCGGGACGAUUUCGCGUCAGAGCAGACUACCGUUUCACCCAGUGCCGAUGAUCAGAGCUCCUCCGAAGCUCUGCCCGCCAUGGACCUGCCAGCUGUCAUUCCUGGAGAAGGUGACUGCUUGGUGGAGGGCAAGACCUAUGCCAACAACACCAUUGUGCCGUCCACCUCGGCCUGCGAUGUGUCCUGCAAGUGCAUCAGCAGCCUUGUGUCCUGCCAGCAAAUGGAGUGCAAAGAGCCCGAGAACCGCGACAAGUGCGUCCUUUCUUCCGAUCUUCUUGCUGGCUGCUGCCCAACUUACAUUUGCGAGGAGAGCGAUGAGGAGGAUACUACUGCCAAGCCUAUUGACAGGAUCGAUGAGGAUGAGUCGGGUGCCAGCACCGAAGAAAUCCCCAAGGAUGUCAUCAUGCCCACUGGCAUUACUGAGCAGCCACUUUCCCAUGUCAAGCCCGAUGAGGAGGUUCCACAGGUGACACCCCUUCUGCCGGUGGAGGUUGAGUCUUCCACACCCAAGGCGGUCGAGAAGCCAGCUGCUGUUUCCGACGAGGACAUGGCCAAGCCCACGACAGCCACAGCUACUCCUGAAAUUGAGGAAGAGGAACACAAAGAUAAACCCCUUGACAAAGAACCCGUGCCCAAGCCCACGGAUGAGGGUAAGAAAGAGCCAGCAGGAGAAGCUGAAACUGUCCCAGCCACAGAGCAGCCGACCACAGAUGAGGCCACCAAGAAGCCGUCCCAAGAAGAUGCCACAACUCCGCCUCAAUUUGCAGAUGAUAGCCAAAAGGAGACUGGAGAUGAAUCGCCAGCCACAACCACUGCUCCCAUCACGACAGAGGAAGAGAAACCAAUCGAUGAGAAGAAACCAACUGAAGAAGAUAAGCCCAGUGAAGAAGAGAAACCCACUGAAGAGACCCCCAGUCUUGGACCUAAGGCGCCAGUUGCUGAUGGAGAUACCGAUUCCGAAGAAGGAACCCCGGCUACCCCCGCUUUAUCCGAGGAAGACUCCUCCACAGAGUCAUCAACUGAAGUGCAUACUCCAGAGCUCGACACGAAGCCAGAAGCCGAGGAGUCCACUCCAUCUACUCAGUCACCAAAGACCGAAAAGACACCCAAGCCAUCCACCAGUGUAUCCGAUGAAGAGGAAAUCGAGGACUUGGACAAAUUCACAACAGUUGCUCCAUCGAAGGUAUCGGAUGAGAAGGAGCCAUCCACUUCUGCCGAAGAUAGUUCGGACGAUGAUGAUUCCGUUCCAGCCUCAACUGAGCGAUCUCCGAUCAAAGAAGACGCUGACGAAAAGGCACCACCAUUGCCCACCAAAGCACCAGCCACUAAGCCAGAGUCCACUACUGAGGCUGAAACCGACAAGGAACCUGCAAAGGAUGAUGUUGCUACCACUGAACCAAGUUCUGAGGGCGAGAAGGACACCUCUGAUGAGUCAUCGACCGCGUCCGUCUCUGACCAUGGAGUCGAGAGCGAGGCCACUACUACUCCAGUUCCUGCUGUUCCUGCUUCUGAUGAAGAUAAGACUCCAGACAGCACAGAAAAGACCCUGCUUGGAGCAGAGCCUGAAGACGAGACUGCCACGGCUGCUCCGUCAGUUGGCGACACUUCUGACGAAGAGGCGCCCGCCACUACUGAUGUUCCUUCGAAGGAUGAAAGCGAACAGAAACCGUCUUCUGUCCCUGCUGAGAUCGAGCCUGAAUCUGAUCGUACCACUACUCCUGCUCCGGUUGAUGCCGCUAAGGAAGAGUCCGAUGAGCAAUCGACGACAACUCCCUCUUCUGACGAACGCAAGGACACAACACCUGCUCCCUCUGAUGAAAAGACUCCCUCAGUUAGCGUUACUCCCGAGGCUGAGCACGAUGAGAAAUCAGAUGCAACUGCUGCUCCUGUUUCUGACGAAGAUCGCACUGAGAAACCCGUGGACGAAAAGGAACCACUUCCCGCAGGAGAAGAUGUAGAGAAGGAGUCCGACAUUGAAACCUCUACUGCCAGGCCCUCUGCUGCCACAUCCCCAUCGUCUGAAGAAGAAGCUGGAGACGAUAGUGCAUCAACAGACAAGACGCCAUCCGAGGAGGCAGAGGAGAAGCCCGAGGCUCCCACAACAUCUUCGGAGGAAGACGACGAUACUGCUGCUGCUGCCACGACAACUCCAGCACCUUCUGCCGCCGAUAAGGUACCCGAUGUGCCAAAACUGCCCCAAGAAACCCCAGAGGAUGUUCUACCUUCAUCCACUGAGACAUCCACAGAGCAGGAGCGUGAAUCGACUGCUGCUCCAAGCCUGGACGAUAAGGAACCUGCUGUCACCUCGGUGCCAUCUGCUGAUAUUGAUUCGGAUAUCACCACAAUUGGCCCCGUCUCUGAAGCGGAUGAGAAGCCAACUGAGGAAGAGAAACCAAUCGAGGAGCAGAAGCCAAAGGAGGACGAAAAACCAACUGAAGGAGAGAAGCCAACAGAGGAGGAGCAGUCUACUGAAGCACCAGCCAAGCUGCCAACUCCAGAAGAUAAGAUUGGAAGCCAGCCCGAAGAUAAAAUCUCUGCCACAACUGCCGCUCCUGAAGAAGGAUCCACGGAAGCCAGUGAUGAAAUCGUUCCAUCAACCGAUUCCCAGGCUGAUGAGGAGACCGAAGAUAAGCAGCCUUCAUCGACUGCCCAGACACCAGGGGAAAAGACUCCCGAAACUUCAACUGAUCUGCCAUCUGAAGAUGCUGAGACUGUCACCAUCGGUGCUCCCUCCGCUGAAGAAGAUGCUUCAGUCCCAUCCGACGAGAAGAAACCUUCCACAUCCGCAGAGGAUGAGGAAAGCACCGAAGCCACCAUUGGUAUCAGCGAUGGUAAGAAGAAACUGUUUGCUGCUGAGAAACCCACAACUCCAUCGCCAUCCAGCGAAGAGGAGCCUGUCACUGAUGCCCAGAAACCAGUGGAUGAGAAGGAGACGGAGGAACCAACAAAGGAAACCGACGCAUCAACCGAAGUGCCGCAGCUGGGAGAGCAAGAUAUCCCAUCAGCAACAUCUGUCCCAUCUGCUGAGGACAUCGAAAAGGAGGAAGAGGACAAGUCCGACUCUACCACUGUUGCCCCUGCCAAGCAAGCAGAUGAAGAGCUCACCCCAGCCGUUACUCCUGCCGCACCCGAAACAUCCGAUAAGGAGCCCUCUGUGGACUCUACCACCGUCGCCCCCGCCAAGGAGGAAGAAGAAGAUCUCGCGGCAACCGCAACUCCUGCCACAGGAAUCAAGGAAACAUCCGAAAAGGAGCCCUCUGUGGACUCUACCACUGUUGCGCCUGUCAAGGAGGAUGAUCAAGAUCUCACGGCAAGCGCUACUCCUGCCACAGACGCCAAGGAACCAUCCGAAAAGGAGGCCUCUGUGGACUCUACCACUGUUGUCCCGGCCAAGGAGGAUGAUGAAGAUCUCGCGGCAAGCGCUACUCCUGCUACAGACGUUAAGGAACCAUCCGAAAAGGAGCCCUCUGUGGAUGUGCAGGAAGCUGAGUCAGGCACAAAGCCUCCUACCGAUGCAUCCGACGAACAGCCAAUCGAUGAGACAGCUUCCUCGACAUCCCCCCCAACUGUGGACGAAUCUGAGCAACCAACGACCUCCCCAGCCACUUCUGUCAAGGACGAAGCCAGCACACCAGCUGUCGACAAGGUGCCAGAGGAUGAGCUUGACGUCACCACCAUUGCCAGCCCAGCUGUGUCCGACGUUAAGCAGGAUGACACCAAGGAUACGACAGCCACCACUGUGUCACCACUCAUUGAUGAGAAGGAAGAAACUGUUACUCCCACUGCCCAGGACGAUUCCAAGACACCAAUUGAUGUCUCCACAGUUUCACCCACUUCCGAGGCAGAGCACGACCAGACAGAAGCACCACUUGAUUCCUCAACCGCAGCUCCUGCCAUACCCGAAACUGAUUCUACUGCUGCUCCAGUCGAUGUGCCUUCUGCUGAGGAGAUCGACACGAAGCCAAUGGAAGAUGUCAUGUCCCAGACUGCCGCUCCUGCUAAAGAGGAUGACCAGACUCCAGUUACAGUCGCCCCUGUGGAUCACGAUGUUGAGCCCAGCAGCGAAGCUAGCGAGCAGCCUCCUGUCUCCGAAGAUGUGGGAGAAGAGAGUACCGAGCCAGCUAGCAGCGAUGCUGAGGAUACCACUGAUCAGUCUCCAGCUGGUGCCAAACUGAAGCCACCUACUGCCACUACAACUUCGGAGGCAACCCCAUCUGAGGCCGCCGUCACCGAAGCUGAUAUUGUGCCGGAAACCGCUUCACCGGAGCUGGAGAAAGAAGUACCCGACAAGUCCACUGAACUGCCCCAAUCGGUUGUGCCCUCAAGCGAGGACAAGACCACGGCAGCUCCAGCUGUCAAGCCAAGCUUGGACUCCACUGAGGAAGGCGACGAGUCGGUUGAAUCCGAGGAAGUCACAGAAGCAGCCGAGAAGGAGGGCGAGGACAAGGAAUCGGAGGAGACCGAAGAUGAGGCUCACAAGAAGCCCGAAACCGAAGAGCCUGAAGUGCCCGCCGUUGUCUCAGAGAUUCCCCAGAGCACGACCACACCUUCUGCCCAGGAUGAGACAUCGUCAGAGACCUCCAGCGAGGAAGUUGCCACGGAGCAAGCAGAUAUCGCCACAAUCGUCACCACAAUGCACCCACUGUUCGCGCACCUCCCAAGCUCCACCAAGAGUCCAGUCAUCGGCGAUCGAGUAGGCGAGGAAGAAGCAACCGAGGCUUCUACUGCCAAGCAGAGCACUGAGGCGCCAACUACCAGCACCACAUCCUCAACGACAGCAGCCAGUCCCAUUACACACCCGCCCUACGGUCAUGCUCCCGAGUACGAAGACGAGUACGACGAUGAGGAUGUGUUCGGUCCUGGCACCUGUCGCUAUGCUGGCAAACUUUACGUUUCCGCCCAGCAAAUCCCACGUGACGAUCCUUGCGACUUCUGCUUCUGCUUCAGAAGCGACAUCAUCUGUCUGCAGCAGUCUUGCCCGCCUCCGAUUGCCGGCUGCCACGAGGAGCCCAUUUCAGGCUUCUGCUGCCCGCGAUACGAGUGUCCCGUCUCAAUGGCCGCUGUGCUCAACGUCACGACGAGCACGACAACCACCAGCACCACUCUGCCCCCGCUAUUCACAGGCUUCACCCAGAGUUCCGCUGUGAUUAACGAGGGCUGCCUCAUAGACAACCGUACAUACGAGGUUGGCCAGGUCAUCGAGUCGAAGACUGGUCCUUGCAUGCGCUGCACUUGCGGCGGCGACGGCCAGAUGCAGUGCGAUCCACAGCAGUGCAUUCCCGGUCCAACUAUGCAGCAAAUAAUGGCCACCACCGCGGCGGGCCGCAAGAGAUGAACCACCAACAGCCAUGCUCACUAAAUAUAAUUUUAACUAAUGUUUAAGCACUGCAGACAAACAAUCACAUCGCAAACAGACAAACCAACCGACCCAGAUUGCACCCACGGAUCGAUCAAAAGCAAUAGAACACAAUUCGAAUAGAUCAACAAGACUAGGAACAGAACCAGAACCAGAACAAGAAUCAGAAUCAGAACCUUAUCGUAUGUAUGUAUACCUAGUAGGUGCCAAAACUAAUGGAGGACACUGGACCGGGUGAUCAGAUCAAUAUCAGAUCGGAUCGUAUGCAAUAGGAAUAAUUUUGGUUCGCCGAUAUUCGCACUCUUUCAAUUGAAUUACGCCAAUUUGUUUCGGAUUAGGUUAUGGUGACGAAGCAAACAGUGAUAUUGUACUGUAUACAUAGUAUAGGUGCAAUUAAUUUAGAACGCGCUCACUUAAAAUGAAUUACUUAUGUAUUUGUACUUGUAUUUGUAACCCCCUAGUGACAGCCCAUAGCAACCAACGUCGCGCGUGCCUUGUAAAGUCGUUCAUUGUGCCCGCCGCCAUAUACAAAUCGCUUUCAGGAGACUCUCAACACAAUGCAAAAGCUAAAGCAAAGCCCCCAACAUCCAUCCAUCAGAUAACACCCCAGAGAUAUUGUACUUCUGGCGCUCCCACACAAUCAAUGGCGUUACGAAGAGCCACGGCAUUUGGCUACUGAACAACCGUUUCUUUUUGUUUGUUUUUUAAUAGCAAUAUUGUACUUCUUUUCAAUGCGCUUUUAUAGUAUUUUAGUCACUUUAUUUUAAACAUUAUUAUUUUUUGUGUAUAAUUGUUGCUUCUAGUCUUCUUUUGUUGCAAGAACAACGAAAUCCGCCUGUAACACGCGCACAAUGAGAUCAAAUCAGAUCAGAUCAGUUGAAUUGAGUUGAGUUGAGUUGAGAAAUUGUAUCUUCUAUAAACUAUUCCAAGCUUUUAUACUUUUAUAUACAAUACGUGUAAAAUGGAGAAACGAACGAACUAGUUUUUAUAGCAAUUUUACAAACGAACCACGAAUUGCAUAGUUUUAACGGAUUGAAAUGAAUUUGUACUUCGCCUCAAUGCAUUUGCACUCCGCACUGAACACUGCACAUGCAAAUGCAUCUGUGGCAGUAACAAUGGUAGUCUACAUAGAAUUUUUUAGAUCAACUGAAGACGGAAACUAAAAUAUGGAAACAAACGAACAAACUGUCGGCUAUCGCUAUUGCUCGACUGACUGAAAAUAACAAACAUAGUAGAGGACAUUGACGUAGCA